UGUGGCUCAACAAUAAUGUCAUCUUUUUAUCUGAUCUAUUGCCCAGGAUAUCUACUUUAGCAAAGGGGCUUAUGCCAAGUUUAUUUGUCCAUGUGGCACAAAAAAAAACGUACAGUGCUUGCCAAACCUGCCCACCCAGUAGAGGCUUCUUCUGUCCAGAGCUACGACGACAACAGUUAGGCCUGUGUAGGAACCUGCCAUAUAUCUCUUUGCCGAUCGUGGUGGCUCCAAUGGCCUUGGCGUCCAUGGCCAGUUUGAUAUCAACUCAUCUAUGUCAUCGUGAACUCUAUGGAAGAGGCUCUGAGGGCUACGGCUGAGUAGAAGAUCGAUGCCCUAGUCGUUCAAGGAAUCGAAGCAGGCGGACACGGAGGAGCCAAAGCACUCCCUCUUUUCCAAUUGUUGCCCGCUGUGUUGGCAGCUGUUCCCGAAGACGGUCCACUCGUUCUCGCUGCGGGUGGUGUUGCUACCGGC